AUGUCCGAGCUGGAUGAGAUUCGAGAGGACUACCUGUACGCUCUGGAGGAGCUGACGGGGGUCCAGAAGCCCAUCAUCACCAACCUCACGGUGAUUGCCGAGGAAAACAGACACGCUGCCAAGGCCAUUACCCGAGCCAUUGAGGAGCGAAUAAGUAAGUGCGCUCCAGAGUACAAGCUGCCAGCAAUGUACCUGCUCGACUCCAUCUGCAAGAACGUAGGAGCACCAUACACAACCUGCUUCGGUAUCAACUUGUACCGCACUUUUGCCGACACAUACACCCAAGUUCCCGAAUCGAUCCGACGAAAACUGAUCGAGCUGUACGGCACCUGGAAAACGUCGGCCACAGGCGGCAUGCUGUUCCCAGCAGAACCCAUGCGAAAGAUUGCCUCUUUUCUGGAACGAAUCAACGAAGUCACAUCACGGGCCACGCCAAACCCCGCAACCCCCAACCUGGGCACCCCCAACCCCGCUACUCCACCUCUAGGCACUCCAGUUCCCGGCCAAGGAGGUUUCGGAGUGCCCAAUGCGGGCCUGACACAACCCCAGCUGCUGGAGAAGUGCAGCCACGUGAUCGACAUGACUUCUGACCGUCUACAACAUAUUCCAGGCGACGUCGAUGCCAAGGAACGGAUUCCUGUCCUCAAACAGCUACAGGCCGUUCUUCAGUCCCAGGCCAUUCCUGUGUCGUACCUGUCCAAUAUUGAGGCUCAAUUGGCCUCUUCUCUAGCCCAUGAGGAGAAGAAGCUUGCUGAAUACGAAGAAAACGAGCGACUAAAGCAGCAGCAGCAGCAGCAGCAGCAGCAACAGCAGCAGACGACACCAAGCAACUUGCUAGCUUCCCUACAAGCCGCUGGCUUGUUAGCAGGAGGUAUACCUGGUGGAAUGCCUGGAAUGCCUGGUAUGCCUGGAAUGCCUGGAAUGCCGGCUAUGCCUGGUAUGCCUGUUCCACCCAUGCCUAUGCCUGGUAUGCCUUUUCCCAUGUUUCCUAACCUUGGUACUGUUCCUGCACCGGACAUUAACUCUCUGUUGGCCUCUGGUGCCUCUUCUUUGCUGUCUUCCUUGGAGUCUAACGACGUGGAACUUUCUACGUCUUCUCUGCUGAAGCCUCGCCCCAAUCUGGUAUUCAACCUUUACGGCAAGAUGCCCAAGGUGUGCAACAUUUGUGGGCGGCGGUUCCGAGAUAAUCAGGACCAUGCCCGUAUGCAGCACAUGGACUGGCAUUUCCGAAUCAAUAAGAAGAUGCGCCAGGACGAGGGACGAGCUCAGAACAGAAGGUGGUACCUGGCCGAGCAUUUGUGGGUGGCAGGAGAGCAAAAGGAGGAAAAAGAAGAAAAGGUGCAAAAGGUGGACAUGGAAAGUGUCAAGAAACAAUGGGUUCUGGCUCCCAGCAGUGCUUCUAAGAAGAAGCAGGUUUGUCCCAUUUGCACAGGAGGCUUCAACACGGAACUCAGUGAUGAAGCUGAGGACUGGGUGUGGACAGACGCGGUUCAGGUUGGAGAUAAGAUCUUCCAUGCCACCUGUUAUGCUGAGAGUGGAAAGCUGGCAGAGAGCCUGGUGAGAAAGAGGAGAGGAGAAGAUAGAGAAGGAAGGACAAAGAGGGAGAAGGUGGAGCUCGACUACUAA